AGGUAGGCAUCAGAACUACACAACCCUCUAGGUAGGGCUGGGCGAUUAUGGCCAAAAUAUAAUUUCACUGUAUUUUUCACAUUUGUUUUGGUAUUUUAUGUUUUUGAAUAAUACAAAUUCAAAAUUUAGUUUUGAGUACUGCGUGACCCUAGGGUGACAACAUAUACAUUCUAAGUGAUUUCAAUGGGUCUUCCUCCAUUCGGAUUUGUUUUAUAUUGUUCAAUUAAACAAAUGUUCUGCAUUUUCAUAUUUGUUUUCCUGCUCAUUUGAGAUCAUCUCCACACUGCCAUGUAGGGCUACACGAUAUUGGCCAAAAAAUCUCUGAUUUAAAUAAAAAAUAGGUUUUACCAAAUGUUGCAGUUGAGAUUUUGACUUUCGAUUUAGAUUAAAACACUUGGGUGAGCUAUUGAAGUCAUGGAAAUAUAAUGAUUAUUUUAAUUCUAUAGUUAGAAUAUAAUAGUAGGCACUUUGAAUACUCUGUAUGACAUGACAAUGAAUUAAAGUGCCAGGGAGGAGUUAUUGUGACACGGUAGGAACCAAAGUGUUGGUCAAUGUUUCCUACGGUACCCUAUAGUCUUUGGCUACAUUAAAUGUUUUCUCUUAGCUACUUCAUGUAGGUAACUUAUUCCUGCUUCGCCUAAUCCUCUUCGGUUUAGAAGAUACUGUUACACAAACAACAUGCUGAUUUAGGCCUACACCAUAACUGGUAUCAGGCUGUAUUAGCUAGCUAUGUUUGCUCCGACUUGGUACAUUUAUUAGCUAGCCAGCUAACUAGCUAUUAGCAUUAGCGGCUAACAGGAUUUAGGCACAACAUGCUUUGAAAAGACAAACUAGCUGUUUGCAGAUAUUGUAAUUAUAGAGGUCUAGUGGAUUUUUAGUAAGACACAAAGUGGAAACAGCAUGGUUGUCAUCAACAUUGUUGCAUGAUAUGCAUUGACCAUGCAGACUGAACGCAAGUGUGUCCUGGUCGAGCAACAACAACAUGCGCUCCUUGAGUAACAGGGGGCGGGGCUUGAUCUGUGUAGAAAGCGUAUAUUAUAAAAAUGUACCUUACACAUGGCGUAUCACAUUUAACAAACCAAACAUUAAAAUACCAUUAUAGAAGAUAAAGUAAAAACCCAAACCGGUCUGUGCAUCAAUACCUGUAUAUUGUAAAAUACGGUAUACCACCCAGCCCUACCUCCUAGGUAGGCUUCACAACUACACAACCCCAUAGGUAGGCUUCACAACUACACAAUCCCAUAGGUAGGCAUCACAAUUUAACAACUCCAUAGGUACUGUAGGCUUAAAAAUCUGCCAAGACUAUCACUAUAUGCUCUUCCCAAUGUGAGUAUUCUUUGAUGCAGGGUAAAAAUUGGGAAAAGCUAAUAGCAAGUCUGGACAAAAUGUAAUUCUGUUAACCUCAUCCCCAGGCUAUUGACAAAGUGCAGAUACAGUAAAUGUCUGGGAAUGAUAUUACAAUUCUAUUGAAGUUGAUGUCUGUAAGCAGGAAGUCGCCCUGCUAUGUAUGAUGAUGUCAUAUUGCUGCUGUGUCUAAAUGUGACUGUUCCUCGCUGUGCGUGUAUGUGUUAGUGAGGGAGACGAAGACCCAGCUGCCUCUUGCUGCUCUAAGGAAGGUGUGGGGAGAGGCGGUUAGCUAUGUCUGUGGUCUGAGAGGGGACUACAGCAGACUGUACCAGGGACAGAGAGCUGCCAUGUUGAGUCUGCUGCGCUACAACACCAACCUGACGCGGUAUAAGAUCGUGUUGUUUAGCCAGUCUCAGCAGCUCAGAGCCAAACUGGCCUUCUUCACCACCAGCAUACAACAAGACCUACAGCACUACGACCAGCAGAGAGACACUGGCAUCUCCUCUGAGAAGUUGCUGAAAGCCUGGCAGGACAAUGAACAGAAAGCUGCUGCCUUUACACAGGUAUCAGAGGUGGGCUAUCUGGAUGAGGAGAUAGUGUGUCUCCACUCUGAGAUCGUGGAGCUGCAGAGGAGUCCGUUUGCCAGGAGACAAGCUGACAUUAUGGAACAACUGGAGGAAAAGGCCAUUGAACUUUACAAGCAGCUGAAGGCCAAAUGCAAGAGUCCAGACCCCCCUCAUGGCUACAGUGACAGUUCAGAGAUGGUGAAGACCAUUGUCCAGACAGUCCAGAACCAGGACCGAAUCCUCAGAGACCUGUACACACACCUCAGUAAGAUCUUGGAAUGUAAGCGUCGUAUUGUAGCAUUGUUUCCUAAGCUGGAGGGGGCAGUGGAAAGCAUCAAGGCAGCAGAGGCUGCGGUCAUGACUAUGCAGAUGAAGAGACAGAGAGAGUUCUGGCACCUGCUCAAGAUUGCCUGUGCCCAGAAUGGCAGUCACAACUCUCUAACCCCCAGCUCAAACGCCUCUAGUCCCCCUCCUCUCACCAUGAACCCACUAGGACACACACACAGUGAGUCAGUACGCCACCUACUGGAUGAGAACCAGCGUUACCUGAGUCAGCUGACCUCUCUACUGCAGGAGACCUCACAGGACAAAACAUGCAGUAUCAUGGACCAGGACUGGAGUUGGACUCAGUAUGGAUCUGUGGUUGACCCAACCCUAGAGACUCUAGACACACACACGCACUAAUAAUGUGUGGGUUGACUCAUAAUCCGCAGUCCCUGUGGUUAUAUCCACAGGGUGGGCGGAUAUAGGGUCAUGAAAUAUUGUGUGGAUGAAGGGUGGGGGGCGGGCGGGUUGAAUAAAGAGAA